CCGUCCGCCGGAGGGCUCGAAGUCCGCGGGAGGCGCUUUCAUGGGCGGCCGUGUGAUUGACAGCCCCUCGGUGACAUCACCGGACGACAAAAAGAGUCGCCGGCCGAAGGGAAGGCGCCAAUCAAUCGCAGCGCUCUGCCAGUGGCGCACGCGCGACCAUACAACUCCACUCCAGAGCGCACCAAAUCUGACUUCUUUUUUUCUUUUGUAGAGAUAUAUAUAUUUUUCUUUUUCUUUUUAUUCUUAUUCACACGCUCUUUAGUUGUCUGGAAGAUGUUCCACCGAGACGCUUUAUACUUUGAUCGCUCCCUCUUGCGCGCACACGCUUCGUCGUGACGAGAACGCGUUUGGGUUUUUUUUUUUCUUUUUCUUUUUGCGUGUGCGCGUAAAAAGACGUAAUCCAGAGAACCGAGCCGACGCGUGUGACAUUAUGUGCCUGAGCGGACAGGUGAGGGUGUCGGGCUGUCUGUCUGUGGUCUUCCGCGGAGAAGCAGCGUGGAUUUAACGCGACUUCAUGUGGACUUUAUCGGAGCCCAACGGUGGAACGACGACCGGACACAGCGCUUCCUCGUCAGCAAAGAGGUGUCUUCCCCUUUCUUCCAUGUUGUUCUGCAAUUUGACAGGACCCCCACUUUCUCCUCCUCCGCAGGGACUGACUGAUCAUGGUCGCCGUGGUCGGCUCUCUCAUGGUACUGCUUCUGGCUCAGGUGUUGAUGGAAGGCGCAACGGGACUCAUCCCGGAGGUGGGCCGAAGGCGUUACGGCGAGUCGGGCCGGCACAGCCCACAGCAGUCGGCGGGCGUCCUGCACGAGUUCGAGUCACGGCUCCUGAGCAUGUUCGGCCUGAAACGCAGGCCGUCGCCGGGCAAGCACGCCGUGGUACCGCGGUACAUGGUGGACCUGUACCGCAUGCACUCGGCCAACGGCGACCACAGCGCCCGGCGGCCCAAGAGCAUGGGGAGGCACGCCGAGAGGGCAGCCAGCGAGGCCAACACGAUUAGAAGCUUUCAUCACGAAGAGGCUAUGGAGGCCCUGGCCAGCUUAAAAGGCAAAACCACCCAGCAGUUCCAUUUCAACCUCACUUCUAUCCCUGAGGAGGAGCGUAUCACCUCAGCGGAGCUUCGCAUCUACAGGGACCAAGUCAGGGGAGUCCCCGUCACCCCCAGCGACAGCUCCGCUAACGUCAGCUCGACGGUCGCUGGCUUCCAUCGCAUCAACAUUUACGAGAUAUUCGGGGCUCCCAAAGCUGGCGACGGAGAGUCUCUGAUUCGCCUGCUAGACACCCGGUUGGUACAGGACUCUUUGAGCCGGUGGGAGAGCUUUGAUGUUAGCCCGGCCGUGUCUCAGUGGACCUCCGGGAAAGGCCACAACCACGGCUUCAUGGUGGAGGUGCACCACCCGGGGGACUGGCAGGCCAGCGACGAGCACGCCCAGAGACGCGGCAGGCACGUGCGUGUGAGUCGGUCCCUGCACCGGGACCAGGACUCGUGGCCUCAAGCCAGGCCCCUGCUUGUGACGUACGGCCACGACGGGCGCGGGGACUCGGUGCUGCACACGCGGGAAAAGCGCCAGGCCGCGCUCCGCAAGCAGCGGCGGAAGCACCAGCACAAGGCCAGCUGCAAGAGACACGCCCUUUACGUGGACUUCAGCGACGUGGGCUGGAACGAGUGGAUAGUGGCGCCCCCCGGCUACCAUGCCUUUUACUGCCACGGGGAGUGUCCCUUCCCCCUGGCGGACCACCUCAAUUCCACCAAUCACGCCAUUGUGCAGACGCUGGUCAACUCUGUGAACUCGAACAUCCCCAAGGCGUGUUGCGUGCCCACCGACCUGAGCCCCAUUUCCCUGCUUUACCUGGAUGAAUAUGAGAAGGUGAUCCUUAAAAACUACCAAGACAUGGUGGUGGAGGGAUGCGGCUGCCGGUGAGAACGGGACGGCGGGUACAUGCGGAAGGUGUUAAAAAGGACUAAAAAGAGACAUCAAAGGUUAUUAUGGACACCCGGUUUCCCAAUGAAGACAUUAUUUAUAUGAAAAGACACAAACAGAGCUAUCCUGGAAGAAGAAUUAAAAAAAAAAAAAACUAUAUGAAUAUAUUUAUGUCUACGUAAAGUUGGGAAAUAAAUAUUUUAAUCAGA